AUGCACACACCAAGUGAGAUAAUCACUGCCUCUGAGACGCCGGCCACCUCCUGGACAUUUCUUGAACUUUUCGACAAAAACGUGGAAGAUAAUCCAACCGCAUUGGCCAUUGCAUGCCUCCAUCAGCCCGAAGACUUGUACGGUUUCAGUUCAAUACCCUUGAAGUCUGAAGAGCGCCCAUAUCUCAGAUGGUCUUACCAUACCCUAAAGCAAGCCUCUAAAAGUUUGCUGGCUGGGCUUCUGCGCCUUGGAGCUUCCCCUGGAACACCAAUAGUGGUCUUGUGCCGCAAUCAAGCCGAGUAUGUGAUUUCUAUGCUAGCUGCAUACCGACUUGGGCUUGUCUUCAUUCCGAUGACCCCUGAUACUUUGGCCCAACCAACAGAUUUACAACAAAUGCUCAACAAAGUCGUCAAGCACUGCAAUGUCAGCGAAAUCUUCUUUCUGAGUGAUAAUGCGGAUAACUUGGGGAAAGUGCCAGCCGGUCUCCAAGCAAACAUCAAGUGCGAGCUUUUCAGCAAUGUCAUCGCUUCUGAGCAGGCCUUGGAUGUCCCAGAACAAAUCCAGGGAGAGAAGAAUUUGUUUUUUACAAGUGGCACUUCUAAUACGCCAAAAGGGUGCUAUCUCGAUGCUAGCAUCUUGCUGAAAACAUACGAGCCAAGCGCCGGGCUGAGUACCGCAACUCCGGAAGAUCGUAUCAUCGUCACGGGCCCCGGUCAUCACUUGUACGGUUAUAUCUGUAUAGCCAUCACACUUCUUAAGGGGGCGGGUCUCAUAUUUGCUGGUGCAAAGUACUCACCCGAGUCAGUAAUUCGAGCUGCUUCGGACGAGACCUGCAAUUUCAUUGCAAUGGUUCCAUCCAUGAUACACAGUAUUCUUGGGAUGCUCGAACAGGGAAGCGAAACGCUCAAGAUCAAAGGGAUCAUAUCAGCCGGGAUGGUGAUAGCACCCAGUCUACUAGAGAAUCUUCGAGGAAGACUCGGCUAUCCAUGGGUGGAAAACUUGUAUGGAAUGACAGAGGGUGUCCUUGUGACUACCGGAAUCAUUCAUGAUACAGAGAGCAUCUUGAGCGACGGUUAUUUGGCUGCCGGGAAGCCUGUGAAAGGGUCAAUGAUUCGCAUAUGCCACCCUGAGACUGGAGAACUCGUUUCUCAAGGUACACCUGGACAACUUUUUUUCUCAGGACCUGCCCUCAUUAGCGGAUACAUUUGUCAGCCGGAGCCAGAGGUGUUCGUUGAGCGCGAUGGGCACCAUUGGAUCAACACUGGCGACGAGGCUUUCAUUGGAAAGAACGACAUGAUCUAUAUCAUUGGCCGAUACAAGGACAUCAUUAUGCGAGGAGGAGAAAAUCUUAGCAUGGCAAAACUGGAGAACCUUCUCGCUGAAAUCCCCGAGCUGAGCACGCUUCAGCCUCAGGUGGUUGCUGCAGAAGACACUGUCGCUGGGGAGGUCCCUGUGUUAAUCAUCAAAACAAAAACCAGUCAUGAAGCAGUCCAACAACUCAAAGACACCAUCAGGACUCGAUUAGGCUCGGACUAUGUUCCUAGAGAUGUUUUCUCCCUGGAUGACUUGGGAUUGAGUACCCUCCCUUUAACAACAACUGGAAAGACCAAUAAGCGCCAGUUAAAGCAAAUUGUCAAGGACUUCACUGAAUCACAAGACAAGAAGGAGCUUGACAGCACUUUGUUGUCAUCGGAUUUGGCGAAGACAGUCACUGUAGUUUGGUCGAGAUUACUUGGCACAGAAGCUUCGCGGCUGAAUAUCGAGACUCCUUUAUCACAAGUAGCUGACAGUAUGCUUCUAGUAUCAGCUCGCGAUCGAGUAAGGAAAAUUACAGGUCACAGUGUUGAUCUCCCAAGCUGGAUAGCUGCCGAGACAAUUCAUGAUCAGAUCAAGCUGCUUGCGACCAGUACUUUAGGACCUCCACCCAGCAACCCCAACGGCCUAGUCCAAGUUACACGAACUGGGCCUCCUCAAGCUUCAGACAUUGUGCAUCUUGGUGGCGAUGUGAGCGGCUUCCGAAGUCUUAAACGGGAAGUUGAAGAGUUGAUUCGUCAAGAUGGCUUUGAUUGGGAAGAUGUUCAAGACAUUGUUCCUUGUACAGACUGGAUUCAAAGUUUGGCUCAUUCAAAGGUGGUUGAUUCUUGGAAUAUCCGCACAUCAAUCGUUUCGAUGAAAUCAAGUAUGAUCGAAGUGAGGGAAGCUCUCGAGGCUACACUACUUAACAACCCUCUGAUGCUGUCCUAUUUGAUAUCAAACACCGGAAUUGGAGAGAACUUGGGCCUCCAUGUUAUUAUGAGACAGACCAAAAAAAUGCUUGAUCAAUGCAUCACCGACUAUGGGACAGUUCGUACUGUAGCGGAUGCGAAACUUCUGGCCGAUGAAUACAUACCCAAAUACCAUCCACAGCUUCCUGUGUCCCACUCGAUUGCAGAUGCGACGUCUAUCGGAUUCUUCAACGAAGACCUAGACCAAGCCCUCUCCGGAAAACUAUCGCCCCAUGUUCCAUACAAACUCUGGGCGGACUCUUAUCAUAGUCUACGAAAUUCUCCUCAGGCCGAAGCAGCAAUUCGCUACCACGUCAACCAGUUAACUGAUCUACGUGAACAUUACAACGUAAUUUGGCCGAGCCCUACACCAGAAGUCACCAUCACACCCGAGCGCAAGCCCCACAAUGGACAUAUGCUCAGUUUCUCUGCACCCUCGCUCUAUGCCCUACAGCGGAAGUCUGGCGUUACUCAACCAAUGAUCCUCCAAGCUGCACUGGCAUUCGUUGCGAUGGCGCACACUAAGCACUCGCACGCCUUUUUUAUCAACUUGCAGGCUGGGAGAUCCAGCUUCCCUUUCUUGCCAGAGCACUCAUCCCUUGCAUCCGUUGAAGCUUCGGACAUUGCAGGGCCAACAUUCAAUGGUGCUCUGGUUCUAACUACUAUACAGCCCGGGGAGACAGUAGUGCAGUAUCUCCAACGCAUGCAAGCUGCUCAGGAUGGCUUUACAAAGUACCCCAGUGUUCCCUGGAAUGAGGUAUUUAGACGUCUUGGACUUUCGUCUUCCCAAAUCAUUCCUGCCGUCGCGAAUACAUUGCUAUUUAACUGGCUGCCUGGACUACCAGCACAGAUUCUUGGUGGCAACCCCUUCAAGAAUUCAGAACAAGAGUGUCGUUUCCGAUUCCGCACUGGCCUAGGUGCAGGUGUAGGAACAGGCGGACCAGAUGGAAGCCAGGUCGUCUUUUGGUUCCAAGGUGCCCUUGCAAAUACAUCUACGGCACAGACAGAGUUAGUUGCUGAAAUGUGGAAGCAAUCAGCAUUGUGGGUCACAAACGAGGAGAAUUGGAAUAGACCUGCUAUUGAAGCUGUAGAGCUUCUAAAGAAGGCAUUAGAAUAG